UCACCCUGCUCCAUCACAGCGGACGCUUCCCAUUGUCCCCCAAAUCCCACGACCCCCCGACGACGAGCAAAGAGGCUGUGUCAUGGAUAUAUGGCACCACCCCAUGAUUCACCCACGGAACCAGUGUCACAGAAUGACAAGGUUCCCGGCUAACCCUAUAUAAUGGCACAGACUCAAUGGUCAACACAGCAGCUGAACACACGCUGACCCACACAUAGAUCUGUGUCUCAGAGAAAGAAGCAUGCAGUCCUCCAUCUCCCUUCUGUGCCUCGUUGUGCUGGUGUGUGCUCAUUCCACUAUGUCUGACACCCAAGACACCCUGGACACCAAACUGUCACGUCCUAGACGCUCAGUGGAUGAUAUCGUGGAUGGACUGACCAACAAGUUCAGCAAAUAUCUCUCGUCUAUUUUCGACCUGGAUGAGGAUGACUUCAAGGACAUCUUGAAAGCUCUGGGGAAGCUGAAGUUGGCGGUACUGAAGGCAAUCCUGAAUAAAUUCUUUGAUUUGAAGGACAAGCACCACGAUUUUGGAAGCGCACAGAAUGUUCAGAGAGUGUCUCAGAUGAUGGAAUCUUUGGAGGAGAAUAUCCAACAGCGGGAUAUCUUGGAUGGACUGACCACCAAGUUCAGCAAAUAUCUGCCCUCUAUUUUCAAGCUUGACGAGGAUGACUUCAAGGACAUCUUGAAAGCUCUGGGGAAGCUGAAGUUGGCGGUACUGAAAGCACUCCUGAAUAAAUUCUUUGAUUUGAAAGACAAGCACCACGAUUUCGGAAGCGCACAGAAUGUUCAGAGAGUGUCUCAGAUGAUGGAAUCUUUGGAGGAGAAUAUCCAACAGCGGGAUAUCUUGGAUGGACUGACCACCAAGUUCAGCAAAUAUCUGCCCUCUAUUUUCAAGAUUGACGAGGAUGACUUCAAGGACAUCUUGAAAGCUCUGGGGAAGCUGAAGUUGGCGGUACUGAAAGCACUCCUGAAUAAAUUCUUUGAUUUGAAGGACAAGCACCACGACUUUGGAAGUGGUGAAAAUUUCCAGAGGGUGUCCCUUUUGAUGGAAUCACUGGAGGAGAACAUUCAACAGCAGGAAUUAGCUAGCGGAGCUUCUGCAACAAAUGUCGCCAUGACGUCAUUGAUGAUUCCACUGCUGCCAGUGAUAGCUAAGGUCAUAAACUGACCUGUGAUGACUGUAAUACAGCGUGUGAAUGUCUGGGAAAUACAUUUAUAUAUUUGUAUAAAUAUA